GCCUGUAUGACGCUCCGCUGGCCCUCCGGGGGCCACUGCCGUGGGGGCGGGCUUUUUAUAGGGCGAGAGGUAGGGCACCCUUUGCAACCGGUAAAUACAAAACACGAAGAUUGGUAUUCGGGAUGGAUGGCCCAGAGACGCGACAUUUCUUAGAUUACAGGAACGAAACACACCCGUUAAGAUCCCGAGACCCGAUUCAGAGGUAUUAUAUCGGUCCCUCGCCUGCCUUCUCAUUCUAUGACGCUAUGAUCGAGUACGACGCAAUCCCUCAGUCUGCGGCUCCUCUCUCUGUCAUACCUGGGCGGAAAUACGGGCUCAGCAUUGUGCUUGAUACGGCAGAUGGGAGGAUAGUGGUGCUUGAUACGCAGGGUCCCGGUAACAGUGAUCCUUUGAUCCUGAAUCAAAACUGGGAGAAAAUGCCAGAGGAGUACAGAAUCGGUACCAAAUAUUAUGGAACCGAAGUCUUUGCUCGGUAUGGGUAUUUUGGCUUUCCUUGGGUUGAGCAGAAGCAGUGUGAUAAGGAUUCGUUGGAAGAGUUCAAUGGGAAAGGAUUCGAUAUUGAGAUGAGGAAGUUGAGGCACAAGAUCGAGGUCCAGUAUAUGCCCGAUUUGUAUUGCCUUGUUCCAAGGGAACAGGAGGCCAUUGAUGCCAUGAAGCGUUGGGGGGGGCUUGACAGAGGAGCAGAUUGCUUUUGCUGA